AUGGCUCUACCAUUCCUGCUCUCCUACACGCCGGAGUCGACGGACGGCCUCAGCCUGAAGCAGAUAUCUUACUUCGGCCGUGUCCUGGUUAAACCAUCGAGCGUCGAGCAUGCUCUCUCCUUCGUCCGCGACAAUUUCGCCCAGCUCGACAUCUGCAUCGAUGCUACUGCCAUUGCCGAGGCUGGAGAUAUCGUCGAUGUCCUCAACGCCGGAGCAAUCCUUGUGUUUGUGACCUUUGACCAGCUGAAACGAUUAUCAAGUGAACAGGGCGUCCCUUCGUCCCGGCUGGUCGUUCUUCUGCCGUCGGCAUCUGUGGUGCUCGAAUUCAAGAAAUGGGUGGCUGAAGACGCCGAACGGAAAGACAUUGGCGCUAGCUGUACCUCGUCCGAGGCACUAGACUCCGUUAUCUCCGAGCUGGAGGACGAGUGCGCUAUCAUUACCGUUUAUAGAUCCUACGACGCAUCAACUACCCAGACGACACUACUAACCAACGAGCAAGAGGGUGUUGUCAGCAUUAUCCCUGCCGGAUCUCUAUCGGUGGAUAAAGAGGAACUAUCACCUGCGAAGCUUCUAAUUGCGGGCGCUGUCCCGGAUAGCAACACCGGAUUGUAUGCUACGACCGUCACUGAUGAGCGCGGAAUCUCACUAGGGCUCGUCUGGAGUAGUGACAAGAGCAUUUCUGAAGCCGUUCGAACCGGAACCGGGGUGUACCAAAGCCGAAAGCGUGGGUUAUGGUACAAGGGAGCUUCCAGCGGUGAUACUCAAGAGCUUGUCAGAGUUGGCCUUGAUUGUGACAAUGACUGUCUCAUCUUCGUGGUUAAGCAGAAAGGAAGAGGCUUCUGUCACCUUGGAACAGCUAGCUGCUUUGGAGCAUAUAGCGGCCUAUCUCGCCUGCAGCACACGCUACAGACACGCAAAGAGAGUGCUCCUCCAGGAUCGUACACCUCGCGCCUUUUCAACGACUCAAAACUUUUGGAAGCCAAGAUAAUGGAAGAGGCUGAGGAACUAUGUCAAGCGUCGAAGAAGGAAGAUGUUGCGUCCGAAGCUGCGGACCUGAUCUAUUUUGCCCUUACCAAAUGCAUUGCUUCGGGAGUGUCUCUUGAAGAUCUCGAAAGAAAUCUUGACCUAAAGAGCUUGAAGGUAACGAGGAGACAGGGGGACGCCAAACCAGGAUGGGCUGAGAAGGUUGGCCUUGCUUCUAUGAAGGGUAGCUCAAAAGAGCCGGUUAAGGAGGAGCCCAAGCCCAAGCCCAAAAUUGCGGACGACAGGAUCACAAUGCAAUGUUAUGUCACUGCAUCAACCCCAGCGAAGGUUGUCAAAGAGGCGCUACAGCGGCCGUCACAAAAGUCGAAUGAUGCCGUUGUCAAUCUCAUUCGCCCGAUAAUACAAGACGUACAGCAAAAUGGAGAUGCAGCAGUGCUGAAGUACACCCACAAAUUUGAAAAGGCGACCUCCCUAACGUCCCCUGUGCUCGUUGCGCCUUUCCCUGAAGAUCUGAUGAAGUUGUCCCCUGAAACUAAAAAUGCAAUUGACGUCAGCUAUGAAAACAUUCGUCGCUUCCACGCUGCUCAACAGGAUGAAAAACCAUUGUCUGUCGAGACUAUGCCGGGAGUGGUUUGCUCACGCUUUGUACGGCCUAUCGAGAAAGUCGGUCUUUACAUACCUGGAGGUACAGCCGUAUUGCCCUCGACUGCGCUCAUGCUAGGAGUCCCUGCCAUGGUUGCCGGAUGCAAGAAUAUCGUUCUCGCAUCCCCUCCACGAUCAGAUGGUAGUAUCUCCCCCGAGAUUGUAUAUAUUGCACACAAGGUUGGAGCCGACAGCAUUGUGCUGGCUGGUGGAGCGCAGGCUGUGGCAGCUAUGGCAUAUGGCACCCAGAGCAUCACCAAAGUCGACAAGAUCCUUGGUCCAGGAAACCAGUUUGUGACUGCUGCUAAGAUGUUUGUGUCAAACGAUACAUCUGCUGGCGUCGGUAUUGACAUGCCUGCCGGACCUAGUGAAGUUCUCGUCAUUGCUGACAAGCAUGCAAACCCUGCGUUUGUCGCUUCUGACUUGCUCAGUCAAGCUGAACACGGCGUUGAUUCCCAGGUCAUCCUUAUCGCCAUUGACUUGAAUGAAGCAGAGCUCAAAGCUAUCGAGGAUGAGCUCCACGAGCAAGCUAUGGCGCUACCACGAGUUGACAUCGUGAGAGGUGCAAUCGCACACUCUGUGACGUUUGUUGUCAAGGACGUAGAGGAAGCCAUGACGCUGAGCAACGACUAUGCUCCCGAGCAUUUAAUUCUCCAGAUCCGAAACGCGGCGGAAGUUGUGCCCCUUGUACAGAAUGCAGGCAGUGUCUUUAUCGGCGAAUGGACCCCAGAAAGUGUUGGCGACUAUUCCGCCGGUGUCAACCACUCUCUUCCAACCUAUGGAUACGCAAAGCAGUAUUCCGGAGUGAACCUAGCCUCCUUUGUGAAGCACAUCACCAGCUCAAACCUAACUGCCGAGGGUCUACGUAAUGUAUCCAGCGCUGUGAUGCAGUUAGCUUCGGUAGAGGGUUUGGAUGCUCAUCGUCGCGCAGUCUCCAUCCGCAUGGCGGCGAUGGACCGUCAGUGA